AUGGGGGCUGCUGAGGGAUGUUGCGCGAAGGAGGAAGUUUGGCAGGCAAGUGUCAGUGUAUCUGAGGCACCUGUCUAUGCUCAGGCCGUCAUUGCAAAUGCUGCUGCGGACGACUUGGGCGCAGCGUCGGACAAGCUCGGGGAGUGCACGAGUCGUCAAGACGAAUGGGAGUUGGUGGACAAGGAAGUCAUCCGCGGGAUUCCGCUGAAGGUUUCCUUAAGAUUCUUUGGCAAACUUUGGCGGACAUCUCCAAUCGACCUGAAGGAUAAGGAGUGCGAAGACCUGUGGAUGCAGUCAAAACCUGCGGAGUACUUCGAUGUCUUUCUGUCACAUACCUGGAUGAGUUCUGGCAGAUGGAAGAUGAUUUCGUUGCUGAUUCAGUCCAGCUGGCCCUUCGUGGCAUUUUCCUGGGCCUGCACUGUGCUGAUUUUCUGCGCCCUGUGCCUUCUGGACAUCUUGCCAAUGCCAUUCUUUUACCGAGCUGAAGUCCUGGGAUUUAAUGCUCUGUGCCCCCUUGGUCCCUGGCUGCUUUUCCCAGGCAGCUUGGUGCCCGCACUGUCCAUCUUUUUGUGGCCAUCCAUGCCAGAAGUCGGAUGCCUAAGGUCCGAGUGUUGCUUUUUGGAUGUGGUUUCCAUCCACCAGAGGGAUGAUGUGCUCAAGGAACGGGGGAUCUACGGCUUGGGUGGCUUCCUGAAAGUCUCCCGCGAGCUGCGCGUGCUUUGGACCACGCCGUAUCCAACGAGGUUGUGGUGCAUGUUUGAGGUGGCCGCAUACCGCAGUGUUAACCCACAAGGGCGUAUCAACAUUACACCCAUUGCUGUGGAGCUGAGCGCGUUGGUGUUCAUGCUUGGGACUUUGGUUGUAUCCAUAGGCCUUUGGUGCAGGCAUGCUGCUCAUGCUGCGAGAGCGACCCCAUUCAUCACGCUGAGCCCUUGGGCAUUUCUCGCUUGCACGGUGCCAGGUCUCUUUGUCAUACAUUCUGUGCGGAGGAACAUGGAAGAGAGGAUUCAGAUGAUUGAUGGCCUGAACCAAUUCGAUGCGGAACAGGCUGGCUGCAGAUCCGAGUUUGAUAAGAGCUUCAUCUUCACCGGCAUUCAGGCAUGGUUUGGCAGCUUGCAGGGCUUUAACCACUAUGUGAGGACCACACUCCGGAGUGAACUCUUAAGCAGAUGCAAGUGCGUUUUCCCGACCCGAUAUCUUGCGAUGAUCCUGCUCCCACCAGUGAGCCUGACUCUGGAAGUUGCUUUAGGCCUGUACAAAGGGGGUGCGCCACUCCGCUCUAUCAUGGCCUUCGCGGCUUCCAAUUUGUGCCUGCACGUGGUUUGGCUGACGCUCGAUGUCAAAUUGGCGACUGGACUCUCCCAGCGCUUCUACGAGCGCGGCAGCACCGUCUGCAUAGAUUUCGCCAAGUCUCUAUCUAUUUUCCUCGCUGUCGUCAUUUUUUCCUACUCAGGGUUACUUGCGGCUGCAGCCAGCAGUGCAACCAGCGAGGGGGCUGUGGUCCUUUGGAUGAGCACGGCAUUUGCCACUUUGGGAUUUGCUGUGUGGCGUGGCCUAGUGUGA